CGAACAAGCAGCAGCGUCAUGGCGAUGCCAAGCGACCUCAUCAACCGCAUCCUGAGCUUCCUCGACAGCAAGUCGGUGGCCCGCGCCUCGUGCGUCGCGCGCGCGUGGCACGACGCCAGCCAAGCGCCAUGGCUUUGGGCGCGGCUCUGCGAACACCACUUUCGCAGCCCGUUUCUGCGCACGCGCGCCGACUACGUUCGGCAAUGGACCAUCACGCGCGAUACGCUGCGCCUCCACUUGGCCAUGUACAGCGUCUUCUUUGACCAGAUGUACCUCCUCUUGGGCUGCGCCGGCGCGAUCGGAUGGCUCUUUGGCGCCCAGCCUUUGCUCCUCGCGCUACGCCUCGAUGGCGUUCUUGGUUCCAGCGACGUGGCCUCGGCGCAAUCGUUUGCGCUAUUGCCAGGACUCUACGUACCCAUCAAAGCGAGUGUGAUCAGCCUGCUCUACUCGCGCCUCCGGCCGCUCGAGCGCUACGUGCUAUCGUACGCAACCGAGCUGCGGCACCUCGUACUCACACUCGACUCGUGGACGCUCUUGGUCUACUUGAGCGUUGGCUGCGGAGGCCUCCAGCUGUUGCCGUCGUUUGCGCAGUGGCUUGCGUCCGUCUCGCUGCAGGGGCUGCUGCUCUGCGCCUGCAGCAGCGCCGCGCUCGCCGUUCACAUUGUGUGGCCCGAGCCAUAUCGCGCAACAACGCUGCGCUGCCUCGCGUGCCUCCUGCUGAGCACGCUCUUGCACACAGUAUCGCCGACGUCGCUGGCGCUCUUGCCGCUAAGUAUCGUCGUCGUGCUCUACCUUCGCGCACUCUUAACAUUUUGGCGCCCGUCGCUCAUCGACGUCGUGCGCCACGUGGUCCGUGACGGCGGGUUUCCCCCUCUUCUCACAGCGCUAUUGUGGUAUCUGCGCUAUAUGCAGUGGCUGCCCGUACCGUACACGCUACUGCUUGUCGAGUAUGGCGUCUGGGUCACCGAUGGCCCGCUCUUGCCGGCGCUGGAGCGCGUCUUUAGCGCUGCCAUCGCAUCGCCGGCCCGCGUCCAUCGGUCGUCGCCGCGCUGGUGCUGGUCGUACGACUACUACCGCGCGUACAUGGCCCCGGCCUAAGUAUCCUUUAGUCGAUACAACACAUUAUUGUUGUAUACUAUGUGCAUGUCGCAUAUAUAUGUUAGUCGUAAAUGUCUAAAUAAAAAACUCGCCGUCCUCGCGCCGUGUCGAUGCACGCUCGUCAUCGUCGUCGUCGUCGGUCGUCGUCAUCACGUCCAACAGGAGCGCUUGCAUCCGAAGGUCGUCGACGUCGGCGUCGGUCUUUUUGUACGCGCGGCGCGGCGCGGUCGACUCGAUGACAACCAUA